AUGAAAAACAUUCCCUAUGCAUCUGCAGUUGGGAGUUUAAUGUAUGCUCAGGUUUGCACACGGCCAGACAUAGCAUUUGUUGUUGGUAUGCUAGGCAGAUACCAAAGUGAUCCUGGCAUGGAUCAUUGGAGAGCGGCAAAGAAAGUAAUGAGGUACCUGCAAAAGACAAAGAACAAUUUGCUCAUAUAUAGAAGGAUCGACAAGCUUGAAGUGGUGGGUUAUACAAACUCUGACUUUGCUGGUUGUCAGGAUAGCAUGAAAUCCACUUUAGGAUUUAUCUUCAUGAUGGCUGGAGGAGAAAUUUCAUGGAAAAGUAUUAAACAAACACUAACUGUUUCAUCCACCAUGGAGGCAGAGUUUAUUGCAUGUCAUGCAUUAUGGUUACGGAACUUCAUCUCAAGACUUAUGGUGGUAGAUUCUAUUUCUAAACCAUUGAUGAUUUUCUAUGACAAUUCCGCUGUAGUUAUGUAUUCAAGGAACAACAAGAGUUCAGGAAAAUCUAGAUAUAUAGAUAUUAAAUACUUUGUUGUAAAAGAGAGGAUUCAGAACCAGCUUGUGUCUAUUGAGCACAUUAGUACACAACAAAUGAUUGCUGAUCCCAUUACUAAAGGACUGUCGCCUAAGCUAUACAGUGAACAUGUUGCUCAUAUGGGUAUUAUUGAUAGCUUUGAUUUACUUCGUUAG